GAGCAUCCUGAAGUCAAACAUGGUCCUCAUUAAUGCAUGGUUAAGCGGUUAUACCACGAGGAGGAGACUAAAUGUUGACAUGCAAGUCCAACGAAUUAGCUUGCAUUCUGAGAACAAUUGCCUCAAGCAAAGCAACUUGCUAACACUGGUUUGUAGUGUUGUAUAAUACUUAGUUUUGCAGCAGUACAAAAAGCAGAGCGCAGCAGACAGGCGUUUACUCCAACAGUCUGAGGAGGGUUUCUCUGUUUGCUGAAACUUUUUCUGAACGAUAAAAUGAAGAAGAAGCUCAUCAUUGACGUGGACACAGGUGUGGACGAUGCUCAGGCUAUCAUGAUGGCGCUCGCGGACCCAAACGUGGAGGUUUUGGGGAUCACUUGCAGCCAUGGCAACACCCAGCUGGAGAACUCCUGCAAGAACACACUGAGGGUGUUAAGAACCUGCAACAGGCUGGACAUCCCAGUGUAUCGUGGAUGUGAAACACCCCUGCUGGCCCGUAAACUACACGCAGGAGCUUUCCACGGGAAGGACGGGCUGGGGGACGUCCCAGAUCCCGACGCUCCGGGUCUGGAGCUGCUGCAAAAGAGGAACGCAGUGCAGGCCAUCGUCAGGAUGGUCAACGAGAAUCCUGGAGAGGUGACUCUGGUUGCCACAGCGCCCCUCACUAACCUGGCUGUAGCGGUGCAACUGAACCCCAACUUCACCAAAAAACUGAAGGCGCUCUACAUCAUGGGAGGAAACACUGAAUCCAGAGGAAACACCACAGUGUGUGGAGAGUUUAACUUUGUGGCCGACACAGAGGCGGCCUACAUUGUGUUGGACCGCUACACCUGCCCCACCUACAUCGCCACCUGGGAGUUCAGCUGCAGGAACAGCCUGCCCUGGUCUUUCUGCGACACAUGGCUGGCACAGGACACAGACAAGGCUCGAUUCAUGGAGAAGAUCUACGCCCACACCAGGAAGAUGGUGCAGACUGAUCGGUACCAGAAGGAGUUGGUAUCAGGACCGGGCUUCAACACCUGCGACUGCUACGCCAUGGCUGCAGCCAUCGACGACACCCUGUUGACGGAGAGCGAGGAGGUCGCGGUGACGGUGGCGCUGGAGGGAACCCACACCAGAGGCAUGAUGGUGCUGGACUACCUGGACCUGCUGAAGAAGAAGCACAAGGUCUUCAUCAUGAAGAAAGUCGACGAGGAGAAGUUCAAACGACUGCUGAUAAACGCACUGAAAUAAUCUGAGCCACAGCAUAACCUUAUUAUAGAGCUAAAACUUCUUUAAUGAUUGAACUUUUUGGAAGAGAAAUCCUGAGGUAUUAUUCCUGACAGCAUCACUUGUAACCCAGCAACGAUAUUUGGAGAAAUCUUUUGCUUUUCAUAACCAUUUUGUUCCUCAAAAACAUCAAAUAAAUGGUGAUAAAGACUUGA